AUGAGCUCUUCGGCCGCGGCCGCGGCCGCGGCGGCGCUGGGGCCCGUUACGGCGGAGUUCCCGCGCUGGCGAAAGGUGAAGUUCGUACCCUCGGAUGAAUCCUAAACGGGUGAUUUAAGGAUGUGUUUCUUUUUUCUUCUCUGGAUGUGGGGACUCAGCUUCACGGUUUGCAGGUGGGCAGCGUGAGGGCCGUCUCGAGUAGACGGAGAGUGAGAUUUUCCGUGGCGUCGGCUCUGAAGUCGGAGGAGAAGCUCCGAGUUGGCGUCCUAGGAGCCAGUGGAUACACAGGUUCGGAGGUAUUGUCACCAUUUUCCUUGUCCAAUUCCUCGUUCUUGCGGCCCCCUGAUUGUCGUUCUCGACUACAGUGGAAGGCUAGUCGUAUCCGCAGCAGCAGUCCGCAACUCAGCAUUCUCAAUGAACAACGUCCCAGCGGACGGGAAGAUAUUUUGUUAGGAGAAUUGGUCCCUUAGAACUCUCCAUCUUUGCUUACCUGAGUACGAUCGUCGCGGAUUUGCAGCCCCAUUUGCAGCCCAUGAGGUCAAUAAUCUGAAUUCAACUCCUUACUAAAAAGACACAUUCUUCUGGGUCCCCUUUUGCACCAGUUAGCCCAAAUUCAUCUUCCUCUUGAUGAGAUCCUUCACGCCCAAGUUCUUAUCUGGCGUCUAAACUAUUUCGGGCAAUUAGGAAGAUCACAACUUUGUUAUGGAUUUUUCUUUUUUUCUGCUCAUGUAAUCAGAUGUACGAUCGCCAUUUCUUAGAAGAUAUGAACACCACUCGGUUAGUUUUCAUUGUUUGGGGAACUAAAAACUUUAUUCGAGGAACCUUCUGUGGAAUCAAGUACUCCAAAAUGCAGUAGAAAUGUAUUGAUGAUCAGGUCGAUGCAUUAAUAGUCCUCACACUGGGAAUCAGAAAGGUCUAUUUACUUUAUUCCCAUUUGCUUAUAAUGAAUCUGUGUUUUUGUUUGGCAGAUUGUGCGUCUCGUUGCAAACCAUCCCUAUUUUCGGAUCACAUUGAUGACAGCCGAUCGUAAAGCUGGGCAGUCAAUCGGAUCGGUGUUUCCUCAUCUGAUCACCCAGGUAUGUCUCUUCACAUUCUGUUUCUUGCUCAUGCCCACAUCUUUGGCUGGUAAUUUCAUGUGUACGUUAUCUACACUUUUCUCGUAACAUGUAGGCAUAGAUAAUCCACAUCUCUUUUCAGGAUUUGCCAGGUCUGGUUGCAAUUGGGGAUGCUGAUUUCUCGAACACAGAUGCCGUUUUCUGUUGUUUGCCGCAUGCCACAACACAGGUCUAGAACUUCUUGUCAUAUUUCAAAGAAUAAACCUCUCCAAUAGAUUCGUAUAGGCUAUCCUUGCGUCCCAUCUGAAUGUCAUUCGUUUUCUUGUUGCAGGAAAUUAUCAAAAGCCUGCCGAGAGAAUUAAAAAUUGUCGAUCUGUCUGCAGUAAGCCCUUUUGCGAACCUUUCAGCGCCUAUUUUCGUUGAAUUUUUUUGAAAAAUACUAUUGGGUUUUUUAUUGCUAAAUAAUGCUGGAGAACUAUGCUUCAUUAUAUUUCUGUAGGAUUUUCGUCUACGCAAUGUUGAUGAAUACAAGGAAUGGUAUGGUCAGCCUCACAGUGCACCAGAACUGCAGGUAUUCUGUUUCUAAUCUUCCUGCUGGUAUGAGAAGGGAUUUAUUUCCAAAAUUUCCCUUGCAAAGUGAUUCUACAGAGUAAAAUUCUUGGUCCACCCAUCCAAAGGAAUGGGCUAAAUGUUUUUUAGAAAUCGAGCUUCAGAGCUGGACCUCUCUUUCUUGACUGUUCACGAUGCUAAUGAACUCAUGCUCUUAGACCACUCUUUUAUACAUUUACGUAAAUAUUCUUCGGAAGAAACUAAUGACGGUGUCCUCCCCCCAAAGAACCCCCCCUCCCCCGCAAAAAAGAAAAGAAAAAAAAGGUGAUUACCUUAACACUGUGUCAGUGGAAGUAGCUGAGACAGGUAGCAAUGACCAUAGUUAGUUCAGCUCGUGGAUUUAUUUUUUUUCCUCUUCGUAUUGAGCUCGCUCCCUAUUUAUUCUAUGGACAGAAGUAAAGUUAGCUUACUGAAUAUUGAUGUGAUUAUCUGAUGAUUUUCUUGAUUUCUCAGAAAGAGGCAACAUAUGGUUUAACGGAGAUUUACAGGGAGGAAGUCCGGAAGGCACGGCUGGUUGCUAAUCCUGGUUGCUACCCAACAUCCAUUCUCCUCCCCCUUGUCCCGUUGAUACAGGUUAUGAUUUCUUUGUCUUUCAUUAUCUCCAUCCCUGGCGUUCAUCUACAGCAGUAUAUUCAUCGGUAAAUAUGCAAACUCUCAUAGAUUAGAAGAAAAUUCAUUAUUCAUAGCUGCCACUUCUAGGUUUGAGCUCGAAUUCAGUAUUAACACGAUCGCGUGUAACUUCCAAAAAUGGGAAAAAAAUGUAAAAGUGUCUAAGAUGUUCUUGGUUGUGGGAUCAUCAUUCUCUUCUCUCCUUCUUUGGUGUCAUUGUUGUUAAACCCCUCAAGGUUGCACCUAUGAUGGUAAUCUUUUUGAAUCUCUCAGAAUAUUAUUUUGGUAUGAAAUGUCCCUGAUUUUGAGGUCGCAUCUAUUUUUUAUUUGAGAUCGUUUAGAUCCAUUGAAGAGUCGAGAAUUUAAACAGGAUUCUUCUUGAUUGUGGAGAAGAGAAGAAAGAAAUUGCCACAUAAAUUGCUUUUUUUUUUUUUUUUUUUUUGCUGAGAAGGCAGAAACUAUGCUGAAGUUCCUCACUGGGCCAUCAUUUCACCUGCAGGCCCGUCUUGUAGGAUUGGAAAAUAUCAUUAUCGAUGCUAAAUCUGGAGUAAGCGGAGCAGGUGAAUACCGCAUCAUUUUAGCCCCGUUCGCAGAUUAUUUACUCGCAUUUCUGAAAGAAGAUUCUGAUAUCCUCUACACGGGCCGCUGGUAAUCGCCAUGGAUCCCUCAGGACGUGGAGCCAAGGAGGCCAACCUGUACACCGAAGUGUCUGAGGGUAUCCAUUCCUAUGGAAUCACCAAGCAUCGCCACGGUACAGUUUCAGUCGGGAUCUUCAUAACUUCCCAUUUUAUUAUUGUCGAUAGCCGCAUUAAAUUAAAUUAUUUAUUCAUCUUCUUGCGUGUUUUUUUUCUUGAGCCCAUUCAUAUAUGGAUCUCGUCCUUUGACAUUCCUAGUUCCCGAGAUCGAGCAAGGCCUCUCCGAAGCCGCCCAGUCAAAAGUGACCAUCAGCUUCACUCCUCAUCUAAUGCCAAUGGUAAAAAAAGCCCUGCUCAGAUCUUUGUCGAGUACUAUAAUUGCCUAAAAACCCAUUUUUUUCUUCGUGAUUUGAUUUCAAUCUUUUAUCUUGGGAACAUUCAGAGCCGCGGAAUGCAGUCAACCAUAUACGCAGAAUUGCUACCCGGGGUAACAGUAGACGACUUGUACCGCCAGCUGCAAACUGCCUACAAAGUACGAUCAAUCUCUCUGUCGAUCUACAUUGCUCCUUUCUAUUCCGGAUUUCUUUCGAAUUUAGUAAACGCAUCCAGUCCCAAAAAACCCUUAAAUUUUGUAGAUAAUUAUCAUCGAACGUUUCUAGAGAAUACUACAUUGAGCAUUAAUUAUUCACCUCCAGACUGUAAAACUCAAAAAUGCAUAGAUUAUUGAGCAUUUGUGGGAAAUAAUGGUUCGACUCAUUUUUCCUUCUCCACAUAAACAUAAAUUUAGUAUUAUUACGAUUAUUAUUGAGCGUUUCCUGGAAAUUAUAUCGUUGACCCAUUUUUCCUUCACUCGAAAAAAAACUUAUAUUUACCGUGCAUAGUCCCGACCAAAAAACCCUAAAACUGAUAGAUUAAUAUUAUGGAUCAUUUCUAGGGGAAAAAAAAAAAGAAGAGUUCUGGGCCCAUUUUUCCUUCGCCCACAUGUUGACACUUGUUCUUGUCUUCCCAGGGAGAGGAGUUCGUAAGGCUCUUGAGUAAGGGCAGUGUGCCGCACACGCGCCACAUCCGGGGAUCAAACUACUGUUUUCUCAACGUCUUUGAAGACCGAAUCCCCGGGAGAGUGAUCAUAAUCUCUGUCGUAUGUUAUCAUACCUCACACACACACACAGAUAUAUAUAUAUAUAGAUAUAUAUAUAUAUAUAUAUAUAUAGUGUAUGCCUGUUCUUAUGGCUUUUUGGUUGAUCUUUUUAUUUUUUUAUUUUUUAAAAGUGGCUUCUCUGAUGCUAUCAUUCUACAUUAUAGAUUGAUAAUCUCGUGAAGGGAGCUUCUGGUCAAGCGCUUCAGAACCUCAACUUGAUGACGGGCUACGCGGAGAACACAGGAUUACUAUACCAACCCCUCUUUCCAUAG